ACUAUGAUGAGGUUAUAUUCAACAACGAAUGCCUUAAACGUUGUCCGCCGUCGAUAAUAAAUUUGGACUUUGAAGAUUUAGUAAACAGAGAUCGUUGUGUUUUUAAAUGCCCAGCAGAAAAACAAUACUUGUUGAACAUUACCUUUAACAAUAUUGACUAUUCAAAAUGUGCAAGCAAGUGUGAAGCUUUCAUUUUAGAUGGGUAUUGCGUUCCAAAAUGUCCAACCAAAAUGGUACAUUUGAACAAAACUUGUAUGAAAAAUUGUACAGACUCGCAUAAUAUUGUUUUAGACGGUGAAUGCUUUCAAGAAUGCAAUGAGCACUCUGUUCAAUCAACGUGCAGAUGCCCAGAAAACAGACCAUACAUUGAAAACAGAACCUGUGUUUUCAAUGGUUCAGAUCAGAGUCAGGAGUUGCAUAAUGAAACGUGUGUAACUGAAAUUCCCAAUGCAGACCAAAAGGAAUACAUAUACAUCAACAAAACAAAGUGUGUAGAAUGGUGCCCGGAUGAUAAACCUUUUAUCUGCGAUAGUGGCAUCGGUUUUACUAGCGACUGCGUCAACAAUUCAAAUAACAGAGGGAAUAAAAUAUGUUUAACAAAGUGUCCAGCAAAUAGAAUAGUGUACAACAAUGUCUGUAUUUCGUAUUGCCCGAAAUAUUUAUAUGAAGAUUAUUCAUUUCAAAAACAAUGUUUUGAUACCUGUCCAAAAGGAACAUUGCAUUCGAAUGGACAAAUAUGUCACACUUAUUAUCCUCAAACAAGGUACGAGUAUACCAGCUGUCAAUCACAAUACUACUGUGUUAAUACCUGUCCAGACAACACUUAUAAUAAUGGAACAUAUUGUGUAGAAUAUUGUUCAGAUGGACAAUUUCUAAAAAACAACGCAUGUUUGUCUAAUUGCAGUGAACACGAAUACAUACAAAAUAUAGAGUACAAUACAGAAAGGAAAGGAAACGAAUGCGUGCAAGAAUGUAAAACCGAUUUAGUACUUUACAAAGGUGUAUGUGUUGAUUACUGUCCAGAAGAAUUGCCUCUGUUACUCAAUAGAACAUGCGUUAAGGAAUGUCCACCAGAAAAGGAUAUAUUAGCAAUGAGACGAACUCUUAUUAAUUGUUUAAGAAAGUUUUGCUAUGUAGAUUAUUUUUUCGAAUACUCUAUGUGUACGGAUAUAUGCGCAGAAAGCGAAUAUAUAUACAACGGAAGUUGUGUAAAUGUUUGCCCUGAUAGAUUGUUUGCUUUGAAUGGGACUUGUUUAAGUGUGUGCCCUCAAUAUGCACCGCUUAUACAGCCAAUGGCCGUUACGUUACAACGCAUUAAACAAAUAUAUGAUGACCUUUAUAUGGUAGUAGUUUAUACUGAGACGAUGUUUGAAUGCGUCGAUUCAUGUUCUUAUCCUUAUGGCAUACAUGACUUUGAGACAAAAACAUGCGUGAUGGAAUGUCCAGAUAACCGUCCGUUUGUGCUUGAAGUAGACAAUACCUUAAAGUGUGUUCAACAAUGUCCAUCCAAUGAACUCUUAAAGGUGCAUAAUAAGACAGAAAUAAGAUUGGGAGAGGAAAACAAAACAAUUGAAAUUGUAUAUUGUUCAAGUUACUGUCCAGAAGAUACAUAUUACUUCAACGAAACGUGCUUACUAUCCUGUCCAGCUGAAGCAAACCACAUAUUUAACGGAAAAUGUGUGAUAUGUACAAAAUUUACUUUAAUUGAAGGCCAAAAGGUUUACUGCGUUGAUGAAUGUCCAUCCAAGUUUAAGUUUAUCAACGACAAAGUAUGCGUCGAUAAAUGUCCGGAAGACAAGGGUAAUGUGAUUAAUGGGCAUUGCUCAAAAUGUCCGGCAGAAACGCCUUUCCAACUAGAAGUUUUUUUUGAUAAAGACAAAUGUUUGAAGAGUUGUAAAGAGGAUGAAAAAAUAGCUGAUUAUUCGUGCACAAACUGUGAGGAUGCAGUCAGUGUGAAAUGUAUAUAUAGUUUCCAAUGUGACGAAACAGUUAUGAUCAACCACGAUGGAAAAUGUUUGAAGUUUUGUCCGGGAGGAUACGUGUUCUUAUGGAUAGGUUGCAUAAGAGGCAUCACUGCUUUAAUUGUAUCGAUAACAUUUGUUGUUUUGUCACUUACCAUUGGAAUAUACAGCCGAGUGACCAUCAUGGAAUACGCUCGUUUUGUUCAUUCGUGUUUUUCAAUACCGGCAGAGAUCCAACUUGUGUCGGAUCAAUAUGCAGACAUUUUUUUUAACAAACAGCAAGGAAUUGACAAUGAAGUUUUCGAAACUAGACUUUAAAUAAGUGUUUAACAGAAAGUAAAACUAAUGAUUGCGCGUUUUAAAGCUUAUUGUAUCCUAUGGUGUCAAGUCGUAUUAAACAGCAAUCAUAUUUCAAGAAGAACUCUGAGUGUAUAAACCAUCUAUAGUGAGACCCUUCCACAGUUAAAUAUAUAAUAGCAGAACAAUAAGCUAAGCAUUUAUUUAUCUUUUAUUUAUGUUAAGGUAAAUGUUAUGCACUGAGUAAUAAAGAGCACUAUCUUAAAAUGGACUUCCCAUUUUAUUUAAGGAGAACUCUAGCAAAAUUUAGAUGCUCAAGUCACAAAUUGGCAAUUGAAACGGGACGCCAUAUGGGUAUACCCACGGAUGAAAGACUAUGUACUUAUUGUUUUAAUAAUACUAUUGACAUUGUUGAGGACAAAUUUCAUGUAUUUUCGAAUGUAAAAAGUUUGAAGAGGCUAGGAAUAUGUAGCGGAGUAAUCUGAACUCUAAUGAUUAUACUAUAGACAUCUUUUAUGCUAAAUUGUCCAGCAAAAAUUGUUUUGAAAUUUUCAAUACUGCUGAAUUUAUACAUACGAUUAUAUAUAGCUAAGAUACUGCUCUCUGAC